AUGGCGGCAUGGAAAGCAGCAUGUAAUCAAGGGACGAUCAAUCCAAAGGUUUCCGUACGACAAGGGAAGACUUAUUUGGUGAAUCAAAUCCAAUUUGAGGGGCCGUGCAGGUCCCCAUCAAUUACAUUUGAGACAGGCGACGCCACCGGCAGACCCACUGCAAUGCGAUUUGGUAAUUGUACCACACUUCAAGUAAGUGGACUGAAACACGUCAACAGCCCAAGGAAUCAUGUUACCUUGUCCUACUGCAAGGGAGUAAACAUUGCAAAUAUUCAUAUUAAUGCCCCUCAAACAAGUCCCAACACUGAUGGAAUUAAUAUAGGCCAUUCCACUGACAUUCAUAUUCAUGACAGCAUAAUAGAAACAGGUGAUGAUUGUGUUGCUGUUAGCGGCGGUACUUCAAAUGUGAACAUAACCGAUGUUACAUGUGGUCCUGGCCAUGGAAUAAGUAUUGGAAGUUUAGGACAAAAUGGAGAGAAUGAUGAAGUACAAGGAAUAAGCGUAAGCAGUUGCACCUUUAAGGGAACUGAAAAUGGAGUAAGAAUCAAAACAUGGCAGGGAGGCUCUGGAUUUGCCAGGAACAUAAGCUUCUCAGACAUAACAUUAAUAGCAGCUGAUAACCCUAUUAUCAUUGACCAAUUUUAUUGCAAUGGCAAAAUAUGCCAGAUCGCCGAAGCAUCAGCUGUCAAAGUUAGUGACGUGACAUACACUCGAAUUCAUGGAACAACCAUAUGUAGGAAGAAUGCUGCUAUCAACUUAAGUUGCAGCAGUACCGUUCCUUGCACUAAUAUCAUCUUGAACAAUAUCAACAUAACAGCUGUUGCUUCAUAUCCAACACCAUUUGCUCGCUGCGUCAAUGCCCAAGCAAAAGUGUCUCAGCUUGGAUUCUACUUGACUUUACGGAUUUAUGAGGAGUUCAAGAAUAAGAAGGAUGCUAAUAGCUAG